CUCACAGGGCACCCACGCACUCGCACGCACACAAACACUCCUGCCUGCCUCCGCCUUCGGAAGGCCGAGGCGCGCCUGACUUUCCAGGCCCGAACGGGCUGAUCGGCAGCCUCUGGGCGACAAUCCAGGAUCGCGCGGGCCAGGGGCGGGAGCCAGGAAGCGCCGCCGGCAUGGAGGCGCUGUUGCUGGGCGCCGGUUUGCUCUUGGGCGCCUACGUGCUAAUCUAUUACAACCUGGUGAAGGCUCCUCCGUGCGGCGGCAUCGGCAGCCUGCGGGGCCGUACCGCCGUGGUGACCGGCGCCAACAGCGGCAUCGGGAAGAUGACAGCGCUGGAGCUGGCGCGCAGGGGAGCGCGCGUGGUGCUGGCCUGCCGCAGCCGGGAACGCGGGGAGGCGGCCGCCUUCGACCUCCGCCAGGAGAGUGGGAACAACGAGAUCAUCUUCAUGGCGCUGGACUUGGCCAGUCUGGCCUCAGUGCGGGCCUUUGCCACUGCCUUCCUGAGCUCAGAGCCACGGCUGGACAUCCUCAUCCACAAUGCUGGGAUCAGCUCCUGUGGCCGGACACGGGAGACCUUCAAUCUGCUGCUGCGGGUGAACCACGUGGGCCCCUUCCUGCUGACGCACCUGCUGCUGCCCCGGCUGAAGACAUGUGCACCCAGUCGUGUGGUGGUAGUAUCCUCGGCUGCCCACCGACGUGGACGUCUUGACUUCACCUGCCUGGACCGCCCCGUGGUAGGCUGGCAGCAGGAGCUGCGGGCAUAUGCCGACAGUAAGCUGGCCAAUGUGUUGUUUGCCCGGGAGCUUGCCAACCAGCUUGAGGGCACUGGUGUCACCUGCUAUGCAGCUCACCCAGGCCCUGUGAACUCAGACCUGUUCUUGCGCCACGUCCCUGGAUGGCUGCGCCCACUUUUGCGUCCAGUGGCUUGGUUGGUGCUCCGAGCACCAAAAGGGGGUGCUCAGACCCCCCUGUACUGUGCUCUGCAAGAGGGCCUUGAACCCCUCACUGGGAGAUACUUUGCCAACUGCCACGUGGAGGAGGUCUCCCCAGCUGCCCGAGAUGACCGUGUAGCCCACCGGCUGUGGGAGGCCAGCAAGAGAUUGGCAGGGCUUGGGCCUGGGGAUGAGGAUGAAGAACCUCAGGAAAAGCCCCAGUCUGAAGACCCAGGGGCCCAGUCAUCUCGGAACAGCCCCCACACAGAAGAGGCUACCUGUUCGGAACCCUCCCCCAGCCCUAAGAGCUCACCAGACUGGGCUAAGGUGACCCAGCGAAUUCCGGUUAAAGCUGGACCUCAGUCCCAAGACCUCUAGGCUCCAGGCUGGGAUGCUUCCCAUGGCACUUGGUGGCCCUUGCCCACUCCAGCUAGACCCACAUGGACCCUGGGCAUUGAGGGCUUUGCCACCAAGGUUGCUUUGUGGGGUCCUCCAGGUGUGUCCCAGAUGGCUCUGUUCCAAGUAAUGGGUGUCGUUUGACAUUUCUUCCACAGAGGGACCCCAGACUGAGUGGGAGGCGUGCUAACCCUGAAUGGCAGUUUGCCAGUCCCCACCCUCAGUGACUGUGCUGGAAGCUGGAGCAGGGCCAGGGUGGCCCUGCUGACACUGACAAUAACAGAGCCCUUUCAGCAGACCAGCUAGCUGACUCAGCUACCCUCCACUUCUCUGGAGGCCGGAUGGGACUCCCGCUCCAGGUCUCAUAGCCAGUUGAGAGCAGGCGCUGGGCUUCGAACCCGGGACUGGGACUCCAGGGCUUCGUCGACU